AUGGCCGAUCAUCACAUGCCUGCGCCGCGGUCUGCAGGAUUCUUCUCAGCUAGCCACCGAGACGGGCGACGAGAUGGCCUGGCGACGCCGGAGCGACGGCGCAACAGCAGCCACGAGAUGGGCAAGUCGAGCGUUGCGACCAGCCAGCGGGAAGACGACGACGACCUGCUCCACGACGACGACGAUCCCCUGAGCUCCAGCCAUACCGAGGGCCGGCUGGGCGGCGGGUUUCUGCUGCACGACGCCUUUGGGGGAGGACGGCUGCUGGGAUCUCGUCGACAGCGGACUGCCCACACCCAGGCUCCUGCUCCUCCAAUCUCGCAGCUUCAGCUUCAGCUGGGCGGGCGUGAUGCUUCGUUUGAGGCUGGUCCAGGCCCUGAACGGGGCAUGCGACAGAGCUCUGCGCCCAUCCGGCCGUCUGGAGAGCCUGCCAACUCGCCGCCGAAUACUGGCCAUUCGGCCGAGGGCAGGAUGCUCGCAGACUCUCACCACCAAGAGCCGCACCCUGUGGCCGACUUGGAUUCGUCGCAGAUUGUGCAUAUGGCGCUCAGUCUGAGCGAGUCUCGGCGCCUGGCCUCGCGACGGACCGGUCAUAGAACGGCCGCUCCUCCGCGACUCGCCCCCCUGCCGGACGGGAGCUCUUCGAAUAACAUCCGACAACAUCUUCAGCAGCAGCGCAAGUUUUCACGGACGGAAUCCCCCAGUCUACUCCAAGAACCAUCGUCUGGGGCCUUGGUCCCUGGGUCGAGAGGCAGCGGAAACUUCCAAUCCUCGUUUGAGGGCGCCCACGAUCCUCAAUACCGCUAUCAGUUCUCUGCGUCGACACUGGCCAGAGCGCACAAGGCAAAGGUACAUCUCGAGCUAUGGGCGCAGUAUAGACGAUUGCUUGACGUGCUGCCUCCGCUGAAGCCUGGUCUCGAGAGGCCUACGUCGGGGAGCUCACCAGAUUCUCCGUUUGGAGCGGGCUCCCAAUCGCUCGCUGUAACGCUAGGCCGGCAGUACAACCCCUUGCAAUACAUUCGAAAUCGCAAAGUGCGAGCCCGCGAAAGGAAAGUCAUUGACGGAAAGCGGCAGGGCUUCAGCGAUGUAGACAGCGUCAGGCAAUGGGUUGAUACGGUUUAUCGACAAAAGUCAAUAGUGGGGACGCCACUUGCUGAUGACGGGACUUCUAUUCCUCCCUACCACUCUGCCGAAGAGACAGAUAUGAUUCUUUCGCCUGCGGACACUGCUGCCAGACCGCGACGGCCUCGGGUGGACUGGUUUUUGGACCCUUGCGAUGUCAUCGCCGACGCAUACUGGCUGGAGCAAAACGGACACAAAUAUCUUAUUGAAGAUCGCCAUUGGCGUAAAAUAUUCCCACCUAUAUCCUCUGAUUUGAGCAGGCCUUUGUCCCGAGAAGUAGAGGAAUCCAGUAGCAAGAUCUCGCCAUUCACAACGAGGGAUUAUGAGGCGACUGAAACAUUUCCCGAAGGAAAGGAAUUCGGACUUUCAAAGGUUCGCUCAGAGCUAUCGCAUACCAGCGCCAAGGAUCGAGCCAAACAAAAGUUUCACAACAUAAAGGGUUUUCACCAUCGACAUGCAAGCGGUGGUGGUGGUCACCACGGGAAGGACUCCUCUUCGGAGGAUUCAAGUAGCGACAGCGACAGCGAGCCAAAGAAGAGGGCGAAACUGGUUCGUAAGGGAACCAUUUCUAGCAACUCGAAUGAUUUACUCCAGAAACAGAUGAUGGAGAUGGUGGCCAGCGAGGCUCGCGAAAGAGAGCUCGAGGAGUCGGCUUUGGUCCAUAAUGAGAGCGCUGAUGACCGAAGCAUUGAGCAGCCUCCCUCUCGAUUCCACAGCAGAAGAGGCUCUUCUGUGGCGGAAAUCAGCGACUCCGAGCGCAGAGCUGCCCUGUUUGACAGGGUGAAGCAAGGAUCUCCGACACGCCUGAGUGUUGAUGCCAAUCACCAUUCCAUUUCUCCAGGGAAGCGACUCUCUCUUCCCAACUCACCAGAGGCCAUACCCAUUCGCAAUGGCAAAUCUGAGUCCGUUGCCAGUGUUGAUACUUCGCCACUUUACAGCCGAUCGACAUCUCCUACCAGAAACCCCAUCAACAAGAUUAAGCAGCUGAUGCGUGACAAGAAUGGCGAAGCUCGCGGAGGACCUUUAUUGGACGACCCUUAUGAUGAUGGAGAGGGCCGACUGUCGAAACGCGAAACCAAUCUGGCACGCUCGGGCUCGACCAGCAAGAAUCUCCGCCCAAUGGCCAGCGCUCGGCUUCGAACUGACGAGGGCGUUGGCUUACGAGGCAUGUUCAAAGGGCCGCGCAUUGACAAUGUGCUCCGAGGCGGCGUUUCAAAGCUGGGAGACAUGAUACGGAAGAAGGACGCACCUGGCGAGACACCGGAUCUUGAUACGACGGACGAGUCCGACAGUGAUAGAGUGAGAGGACGGAGAUCAACACCAAUGACUCUAUCGCGGAAGCCCUCUACAAAAAUUCAAGAAGGCCAGCCCAAGCAUUUCCUCGAUACGAUGCCUGAAUUCCGGCACAUGCCUAGCUACCGCAGCUUUGUCAAUGGCGGAGAGAAGCUCACUAAAGCUGAUGGACUUGCAAAUUCCAAUUCUGGUCGUCGGCCCGGCGAGCUUGAUCUUCUCAGGCCCCCUCAGAUUAGCAUUCGAAGCGCGUCGUCGUCUGCAUCUCCCCCGACUUCACGCAAACUUCGACUAGGAGGAGACUCGGACGUCUCCGACCCUGAAUCCUUGCUGAACAACAGCAUCCCUGACGGAGUCCGAGACGCAGACAAGCGCCUGAACUCUGCCAUUUCACUCAGCGACAAGGAUAACCAGCAUGGACGCUCGCUGGGCCAGCACUGGUCGAUUGCAGAUCGUGGCUUGCACGGCGCCCCGGCGAAGCUUACGAAGCGCGAAGUCGCUAGGAUGCGGGCUCUGAUACUUAGCUCUGGCGUCAUGGCCAUGGAGAUGCAUCGCCGCGCAUAUGAACAGCACAAGCCCUUUAGCAAGGAGAAUCUCGCCUUGAACGAAGCCACCUCCCAGCAGGAGCCCGGCGGCGUUCCUUGGACGGACAUCACCAGGCUUACCCCCUACCAAGUCCAAGUCAGACUCCAGCUUCACGAGCAAAAGGGGCCCUUUUGCGAGAUGUAUCCCCUCGCCGCCCAGACCCUCGGCGUGGCCAUCCAGUCGUGGGGCCAGCGAUGGCAGUCCUCGGCCGACUACUUCAGGGACAAGACCGUCCAUGCUCUGCGCACGCGUGUCUGGGAAGUCCGCACGCAUCUCGCCGACGACCUGUCCGAGAUGGCCCGCAAGGCUGCGGACGAGGCGGAUGAGAUUAGCCGCGACCUGGCGCUCGGCCAACCCCUCAAAAUUAAGCACGUCGUCGACACCAUGGAGAAGAUGCUCCAGACGCGCCGCAGGAGGUUCCGCUGGCUGCGACGCGGGCUCUGGCUUACGGUGGAGUGGCUGCUCGUGGGCUUCAUGUGGUAUGUCUGGUUCAUGGUGAUGAUUUUGCGCGUCUUCCUUGGUGUUGGGAAGGGUGUUUUGCGGGGCGUCAAGUGGCUUCUAUGGCUAUGA